AUGCAUUUCUCCAAUGUUCUUGCCGUGUCGGCUUCGCUCAUUGCGCUGGGCUAUGCUGCUGACCCUCUCGCUUUCACCAGCUGGCCGAAGGAGGUUGCGGCUGGCAAGCCCGUCACUCUGACCUGGGCAGGAGCUACCGCUAACCAGCCUGUCACUCUGACCCUGCGCAAGGGAAGCGCCGGCGAUCUUUCGGACGUAGAGACCAUCACCGAUCAGGCCAAGGAUGGCACCUUCACCUGGACUCCCGGUGACAACAUCAAGGAGGGCGAAAGUUAUGCCUUCCAGGUCUCUCAGGGCGGGCAGAAGAACUACUCUGCCCUGCUGAAGGCCGUCGCCGGACAGCCCAAGGCCGAGACCGUGUCUGAUGCCACUCAAACCACCGACAUGACUACCGGAGCGACUACCGAGGCCACUGCUGCCAGCACCACCACCGAUGCGACAGCGACUGGGGCCCAGACCACUAGCAAGCCUCUCAUCAGCUCAUCGGCGUCGGGUACUCCUUCCGGCAGCCCCUCUUCCACCGUGGUCUCCAGCACAGUGACUGCCGCUGGCCCGAUGAUGACCAACACCGAUGUGGUGAAUGGCAAGGAGGCCUCUGCCACCGCUAGCAUGCAGAACGUUGGCUCCGUAUCCUCAUUUUCGCGGGAGCUGGUGAUGGGUGUUCUGGGUCUGUGUGUCUACCUGGUCCAGUAG